ACACCCUGCACGUAUAAAUAUAUACAAAUUUUUUUUUUUGCCUCUGCUCAUUUUCUUCUUCUUCAUCAUCGUCAUCUUCCUCUCAAUCAAAUCUUGUUCUCUACCUUCCUCCUUCCUCCGCCUCCUCCUCUCCAUCCGAUCACAGGAUUUCACUGACAAUCAGUAACACGCGGAAUCUAUAUCUGUAUUUAUCCGAAGCUUUUGGAAUUCAAUCUCUCCCAUUGGACAUCAUAAAGGAAGAGAGGUAGAGGAAGGAGAAGGGGGGGAAAAAAAAAAGGAGCCAAAAAGAAAAAAAGGAGGGCUGUCUCUGCCCUCUUCUUUCUUAUUAUGCAUCCUCUCAGAUCUUGAGAUUCUCAUCUUCCAAAACUCUCUUCUGGAUCCUCUCCCAUUCGAAAUCCCGAUCGCGGUCCCCUGUUCUUGGAUUGAUUCAGAGCCCCAAGCGUUUGGUGAUUUCUCUUUGAGGGGUGAAGGAUCUCGAUGGAGACCGGGAAGCUGUUCAUUGGCGGGAUUUCGUGGGACACGAAUGAGGACCGGCUUAGGGAGUAUUUUGAGAGUUUCGGGGAGGUCAUCGAGGCUGUGAUAAUGAAAGAUCGAGCGACAGGUCGUGCCCGCGGGUUUGGCUUCGUGGUCUUUGCUGAUCCUUCUGUUGCGGAGCGAGUUGUCCUCGAGAAGCAUGUCAUAGAUGGGAGAACCGUUGAGGCAAAGAAGGCUGUUCCCAGGGAUGAUCAGAGCACCCCAAGCAGGAAUGGUAUCAGCAGCAGCAGCAGCAACCAUGGGUCCCCUGGGCCGGGGCCUAUCCGAACUAGGAAGAUCUUUGUGGGAGGGUUAGCAUCGAAUGUGACUGAAGGAGAGUUCAAGAGGUACUUUGAUAGAUUCGGGACCAUCACAGACGUGGUGGUGAUGUACGAUCACAACACCCAGAGGCCUAGAGGAUUCGGGUUCAUAACCUAUGACUCCGAGGAAGCGGUUGAUAGAGUCCUUCAGAAGAGCUUCCACGAGCUCAACGGGAAGAUGGUUGAGGUCAAGCGGGCCAUCCCUAAGGAACUGUCUCCAGGGCCCACCCGAGGCCAACUGGGUGGGGGCAGCACCGGUUAUAACAACAACAAUCUAGGUAGAUUUAGCAUCGGAUUCCUCAACCUGAAUGGAUUCGGUCAGGGAUACGGGCCGAGCUCAGUAGUUGGGUGUGGAGUCAGAGCAAUUGGUCGUGCUGGAGUCCCGCAACCAGGUCCCACUUUAGGGUUGGGGCCUAGUGUUGAUCAAGUCUCCAACCCUGUCCAUGGGAUAAAUGGUAACUUUAGCUCGAGUCUCGGCUAUGGCCAGGGGAUUAUGAAUCCUUCAAACAAUUGGACACUGAAUAGGUACAAUGGUAGCUACAUGGGUAACAGUGGACGAAUGGGGUCUAUGCUGAGCCCUACAAAUCAAAGUUUGUGGGGAACUGAGGGUCUUAAUCCCACUUCAAUUAGAGAAACUGGGACAGGGAGUUCGCCAGGAUUCGGUUGUUUCGGAAAUGGCAGUUCAAUAUGGUCCAGCUCUAAUCAAGGUGGAGGAGCUAUUUCUGUGCCGAACAUUGAUAAUAUUAGAUUCAGUAGUGCUGAUAACAGUUUUGCUCCAGGAGCAGGGAUUUUCAGAAGAAACAAAUCUACAGGUUUCUCUCCUGAGAGAAACAGCUACGAUGGACCUUACAAAGACUUGUAUGAGAAUAGUUCAGUUUUUGGCGAUUCGACAUGGAAAUCAUCACCACCUUCUGAUCUCGUGGGUUCCAGUCCAUUCAGUUUUGGACUCAGCACUGCAGCUUCGGAUGUGAGGAACGUGAACUCUGCUGGGUACGUUGGUGGUUAUGGCGUUGUUAAUAAACAGUCAAGUAGAGGGAUUGCUGCCUAGAAUGUUAUGCAGAUAUCGACAGUCUAUGUAAUCAAUCAUAGGAGAGUUGAAUUCAGUAAAUCGUGCAGAGGAUCGUCAUUCUUGUCUGGUGAGGGUGUUAUAGAGCCGAUUGGUUUGUUCGCUUAUUUUGGAGGACUAAUUAAUCACAGCAUUGAAGCCCGAGGGGUUAUAGGAGCUUUUCUUUAAACUACCUCUUAAUUAGGUUUUCUUCUUCGAUGUAAAAUCAGAUUCCCGGGCGAAUGGAAUUGUAUCAUGCUUUUCUUUCGAUGAUACAGGCGAUACAUAGGAAAAACACAGACCAUUCCUUGAAUUCUCCUGUUCCGGUUUCUUCUCUUUUCUGUUUCGCUGUAAAAUUUCUUAAAACUGAUGUUUUCUCACUAGGUGUAUACACUCUUUACCGCGCUUUUAUUUACACGGAAAUUGUACCAUUUCAACAUCAUUAAGGAUCUGAUUGAUUUAUGUGUGAUAAAUGAGAUUGGUGUAAAUUGUAAUAUGUCGCUGCUUAUGAUUUUAA